UUGACAUAGUCCACCUUCCUCAACAAGUUCAAAGCACCUGAAUACAUCCAGGUGUAAUUUAUAAAUUCAUAGUUGGUAAAUUCCCACCUCCUCUAUGGUAAUGAACGUAGCUUGAUACAGAUUUUUUUACGCUUCUCCUUGUCGCGAUAGAUGGUUUGUUUACGUUCCUACGGUUGUGGCUAAUGGAGACGACAUUGAUGAAAGGGGCAAGUUAGCUGCACAAUUUUUUUGUAAUAGGCGUUAUUGUUUGCGUGAAACGCUGCAUUUUCGAAAUGGCAUACCUUGAGUUCAUGUUUGAGGACCAAGUAACAAAAUACAUUCGGGAGCAAGAAUUGGCAACGUCUCAAAAAUUCGUAAUAUUGAAUGCGGAGCCUUUGGAAGGAAAGAAACUGAGUUGGGAGAAUAAAAGUAUCCCAUUCUUUAAUGGAAUUCCCUUUCAAGUUGUGGGCACAAAGACCUAUGAAUGCCACCUAGGUAAAGACAGAAAAACCAGAGCAAAAGAGAAAUACGCUGCUGAAAUGAACAAGAAGGCACUUGAAGACCCUGCAAUUGUAAAGAGACGGAAACUGCUGAUAAAUACCAAAAAGGUGGACUGCAAGGCUAUGAUUAACAUAGCCCACAUUAUACGCUUUCCUGAUUUUAAGAUUGAGGAAAGUACAGUGCGCUCCAAAACAGAGGCCUCCCGGGCUCUGAAGAAGGCGCUAAGUGAAACGUCGAGAUCAGUGAGGUCCGAGGUCAUCUACUGUGUCAGGUUCCCUUCUCUCUCUGAGCAUAGUUCCCAUGCAGUGGUGGGCGAGGAAGUGUAUGUUCGUGAAGCUGUAGAUGUCAGAGUGAGGGAGAAGAUAGAGCAGUUGACUGUGUCCGGCGUGCGUAAGGUGACUGACAUGAAGCGCCAUCUACACACUUUUGUCGUGGAGGAGCUUUUCCCUGGAGAGCAGCCACCACCACCUGCACGCCGGCGGUAUUACCCAACUGACAGCGACAUAAGAAAUGUCAUGUUCAAAACCAAGACCACAAGGGAGUCCAGCAUUGACCAACGGCACACCUCUGCCUGUGAGCGGCGUGAGAGCGGCCUGAAGACGACUUCCCUGGAGGUGUUGCGAAUGCAGUGUGCUGGCCACCUGAGGGAGAUCAUGGAGCUCGCCGAUCGUCUGCAGGAUGAACAGUACGCAACUGACCUGACUGUGCACCUGCAGAACCUGCUGCAGGACAUCAAGGCCCACGUUCCACAAGACCAGGGGUUUACAAUGACUGUUUCCCAGAGGAAGAGAACUGCCGAGGCCAUGGACCCACCGCCAGCCGAGACUGUGCCAGCCCCUUUAACAGACAGUGGAGGACAUGCAGAGGACACGCAUGUGGAAUGAGAGGCCUCCUGUUGACUGCUUGUUCAGCCAGCUGAGUGGCCUUAAGUGGUGUAUCAAUUGUAUGUACUUUUUACAUAAUAUAAUUGUUUUCUUUUGAU